UAUUUCUUCCCUAAUUCUUGCAUUGCGUAGGCUACACUUAUAAGAGAAAUGAUGACAAGAAGUGUCAGCUUCUUUUAAAUACAAAAGACAGAAGUACAUCAUCGCUCUCUGCAUUAGUGACGAGGUAUCCUACUGACAGCCCGUUUGGAGCACAUGAGUUAACUGCCUGGGCGUGAUGGCGUGGGGGGAGAACACGGUAAGCUAGCUCCUAGCAAAAGACUAUGGAAGACGGUCAGGCUGAAAGCAAGGUCUCAAAGGCCUGUAUUGAAAGUACCAAAAUAAGCAUACUACAGAUCUGCAGAGCACUUUAAAAUCAGCAAGGCCUUUUUGUAGGGCAUGUUCUAAACUUAGUGGCAGCAGUAGAAAAGUAAAAGUACUGUAAAUCGUACAUGCCUGACUACUAGUGUAGCAUUCUUGAACUGCUGCCCAUUUUGGACUCGGCAAUCUCCUUUAAUGGAAGCAUGUUUUCUUCAAUAUUUGACUUUGUUUAUUGCUUAUAAAUAAGCUCAUAUGAAGCUGGUGUUUUAGGCUGAGAAUGACUGGAUGUUGAAAGUUACCAUUUGCAAAUUCAAAUAUCUGUAUAAUUGGAGAACCUCAGGAAGAUGAUUUAAAUUCUGUUCUUGAAACUUAACCCAUUAUUUAAUGAUUUUCUUUAAGUUGCUAGUAUUUGUAUCUUAAAUCUUUCUUCUCUUGAAGAGAUGGAAACAUGAAACUUUGUUAAAGGACCAUUUUAAAUUUCAAAAUAAUGUAAUGUUAGUAUAGUUGUGGGUUUUUUUUUGUUCUGUACUUCCUGACUUGUACCAGUUAGCCAGAGUCAAACUAUGUAUUUAUCAGCUGGGAGAAAAACUUAAUCAGUUUUAAUUCUUUGUCUUUAUCAAGUUAGUUCAAAUAUGAUCCCACAAUACAUAAACCACUUCACAAACUAAUAUCUAAAUCUGACCUUUUUCCUUUUCAUUUUGUAUGUGUGCAUUUCAUAUAAAAUGAGUAUCUGUGACAAAGUGCGUGCCAUUCAACAAAAGCUAAUUUUUGUUUUGGCGGGCAAACUCCUUUCCUGAAUUCUGUUUUUGUUUCUGCAUUUUACAGUAUGUUACAACAAAUUGUUGUUAAUUAUGAUAGUUAACCUAGAUUCCUUCAAAACUGAUGUUCACCAAUACUGGAAUCCUGUACAGAAGAGGGAAUGUAUUCUCAAGCUGUAAUUAAACUACUUUAACAAAGAUUUUUUAAAAAUCCUUAGAAGUUUAAGGGCAGAAGGAAAAAGAAUGUGGGUCUGCUGUAAAGUAGCGUUAAGUAUCGUCUUCUAUUUUGCAGGCUAGCAGCCAGCACUAAUAUUAAAGUGUUCUUUCUGAAGUGUUUCUUCUUGAUGGGAGUAACUCGGUGACAUAGGCAGGGCAGCAGCUGCCACACACAUGAGAAUUGGUUUCUUUAGCUCCAAUUUGAGUCUUGAACCAGAUGACCUUGGGUAUGAAAGAAAGACAAGGGAGAUGCAAGUGCUGUAAGUGGCCUCCCAUUUUUGUAACUCUUUCCUUUCUAUAGUAGAUAAUACUGCUUAUGGACUUGAAAGUAAGAUUUUCAUUUCUUCAGCCUUUUCAUUUCUGCCUUCCUGUCUUUUGCAUUUACUUGAAUUAAUUCACUGUCAGUUUAAAGUUUAUGCAGUUGUUCAAAUAAGCACACUUUGAACUACUGGCAUCUAGCACAUAGUAUUAUCUGCAGAUUUCCAUCUCUAAUUUCUGUCUUGCGCUUUGCUAACCAUAUAUGUUGAAAACGUCAGAUGUUCUAAUUACUUUUAUGAGUUUUUCCAUUGUUAUAAAUUAAGCUGUCUACUGUCCCAAAGUAUUUAAGUGUUUCUUUACUGCAAUGAAUAUACUUGAAGCUUAGUUCAUAGUCAAGUAUGUGUACUGGAGAUUCCAGCAAAUCUGAGUUAGAGUAGCAAGAAGCCUAUCAGUGGCAUGUACUGAUACACUGGGGACGAUUACCCUUCCUCCCUUAUGGCUGGCAGAAGAAAGAGUGGGCUGGUGUGGUUCUGGCACAUUCGGGAAAUGGGGAGAACCUGUGCACUCAAGCACUGGCUGUACCCCAGAAUAUUUAUUUAACAUCUGUUUAUUGCAUCCUGUCUAGGUAAAGCAGUGGGAAGGGUGUGAAAAAGAAACCAGUAAUGUUCAGAGAGGUCAGAAAAAUGUACAGUUGAGAGGGUGACAGCGUGAGCUAAACAGCAUGUGUUAUUUUAGAUGAUGCUAUAGACAGAUUGAGACCAACAUUUAUUUUUGUCAUUUUAUUUUUUAUUAUUAUUGGGACUGACCUUUAUUUUUGUCUUGUGUCUUAGCAUCUUGACAUCUUUAUUAGAAUGCUUGAGAGAGCCUCGGUGCACGCCCAUGCUCCCACUUCUUUCAAAUACAGCUGGGAGAUGCAGCCUCCUGAAACCAUGUGUUGAGUCAGAAUAUGCUGCUCUGAUUGAUCGAGUAGAAGUCAUCUUCCUGAUGGUAUUUCAGUAAAAACUGAUAUUGAGACUUGGUAACAAGAGCUGAUGGAAGAUUCCUAUACAAGUGUAUAUGCGAUGUGGAGAACAGCUUGUUUGAGAGACGAUUUGGAUUACUGUGCUGUAGGGGGAUGCCAAAAGUCUUCUAGUCUCUGAGAAUCUGAGCACUGGCCAAAAGUUGGACUUUUCAGACACAAUGGUACAGCAGAAGCUGGAUGAAAUAAAGGACCAAAUCAAACGGGAAAUAAGGAAGGAACUUAAAAUCAAGGAGGGAGCUGAGAACCUCAGGAAGGUCACAACGGAUAAAAAGAACUUGGCAUAUGUGGACAACAUUUUGAAAAAAUCAAAUAAGAAGUUAGAAGACUUGCAUCAUAAGUUACAGGAGUUAAAUGCACACAUUGUUGUAACGGAUCCAGAAGAUGUUACAGAUUGUCCUAGGACUCCUGAUACUCCAAAUAGCGAUCCUCGUUUUUCUACUAACAACAGAUUGAUGGCCUUAAAGAAGCAAUUGGAUAUAGAACUGAAGGUAAAACAGGGAGCAGAAAAUAUGAUACAGAUGUACUCAAAUGGCUCUUCAAAGGAUCGAAAACUUCUUGCCACAGCUCAACAGAUGCUCCAAGACAGCAAGACAAAAAUAGAAGUUAUAAGGAUGCAGAUUCUUCAGGCAGUUCAGACCAAUGAAUUGGCUUUUGAUAAUGCAAAACCUGUAAUAAGCCCUCUUGAACUCCGAAUGGAAGAAUUACGGCAUCAUUUUAGGAUAGAGUAUGCUGUAGCAGAAGGUGCAAAAAAUGUGAUGAAAUUACUUGGAUCUGGGAAGGUUACCGACAGAAAGGCACUUUCAGAAGCACAAGCAAGAUUUAAUGAAUCAAGUCAGAAGUUGGACCUCUUAAAGUACUCACUGGAACAGAGAUUGAAUGAACUUCCUAAAAACCAUCCCAAAAGCGGUAUAAUCAUUGAGGAACUUUCAUUGGUCUCUUCACCCACAUUAAGUCCCCGUCAAAGCGUAAUAUCUACUCAGAACCAGUACAGUACCCUGUCCAAACCAGCAGCUUUAACAGGUACCCUGGAAGUUAGGCUAAUGGGUUGCCAAGACAUUUUAGAAAAUGUCCCUGGUCGAUCAAAAGCCACCUCAAUUACACUACCUGGUUGGAGUCCGAAUGAAGCCAGAUCAUCUUUCAUGAGCAGAACCAGUAAAAGUAAAAGUGGGAGUAGUAGAAACCUUCUGAAAACUGACGACUUGUCCAAUGAAGUCUGUGCUGUACUGAAGCUGGAUAACACUGUGGUUGGUCAAACCAGCUGGAAACCUAUUUCCAAUCAGUCAUGGGAUCAGAAAUUUACACUGGAACUAGACAGGUCACGGGAACUGGAAAUCUCAGUUUAUUGGCGUGACUGGAGAUCUCUGUGUGCAGUGAAGUUUCUGAGGUUGGAAGACUUUCUGGAUAACCAACGACAUGGCAUGUGUCUCUAUCUCGAACCCCAGGGCACUCUGUUUGCAGAGGUUACAUUUUUUAAUCCAGUUAUUGAAAGAAGACCAAAACUCCAGAGGCAAAAGAAAAUUUUUUCAAAACAGCAAGGCAAAACAUUUCUCAGAGCUCCUCAAAUGAAUAUUAAUAUAGCCACUUGGGGAAGGCUGGUGAGAAGAGCUAUUCCUACAGUGAAUCACUCUGGCACCUUCAGCCCUCAAGCACCAGUGCCUGCUACAGUGCCAGUGGUUGAUGUACGCAUUCCUGAACUAGCGCUGCCAGCCAGUGACUCUCCUGUAGCUAAAUUGGACUUUGAACUUGAGCCUGAGCCUCCACCUGCUCCGCCCCGUGCAUCUUCCCUUGGUGAAAUAUGUGAAUCUUCCUCUGAGAUGAAGGCUCCUGAUAUGCCAGCUCAGGAUGAAGUAACAGCUUUUGAUUUUGAAAAUGGCAGAAAUAAUAUUGUUCCAAAACUCCAGCCUGAAAUAAUCUGUGAGCCUGAUGUUCCCCAUUCAGACAUAAAAUAUACCAACGUCCGAGAGCCUGAAGAUAGAAGAACACAACAAAGAUUUCAGUUCAGUCUGAAGGAUUUCAGGUGUUGUGCUGUACUGGGUAGAGGACAUUUUGGAAAGGUGCUGCUGGCAGAGUACAAAAACACAAAUGAGAUGUUCGCUAUUAAAGCCUUAAAGAAAGGAGAUAUUGUCGCUCGUGAUGAAGUAGACAGCUUGAUGUGUGAAAAGCGAAUAUUUGAAACUGUGAAUAGUGUAAGGCAUCCCUUCCUGGUGAACCUUUUUGCUUGUUUCCAAACCAAAGAUCACGUUUGCUUUGUAAUGGAAUAUGCUGCUGGUGGGGAUCUGAUGAUGCACAUUCAUACUGAUGUCUUCUCUGAACCAAGAGCAGUAUUCUAUGCUGCGUGCGUUGUUCUUGGACUUCAGUAUUUACACGAGCACAAAAUAGUAUAUAGAGAUUUGAAGUUGGAUAACUUAUUGCUGGACACAGAAGGCUUUGUGAAAAUUGCUGACUUUGGUCUUUGCAAAGAAGGAAUGGGAUUUGGAGACAGAACAAGCACAUUCUGUGGCACACCAGAAUUUCUUGCUCCAGAAGUGCUGACAGAAACUUCCUAUACAAGAGCUGUAGACUGGUGGGGUCUUGGUGUACUUAUCUAUGAGAUGCUAGUGGGUGAGUCUCCUUUCCCUGGAGAUGAUGAAGAAGAGGUGUUUGACAGUAUUGUAAAUGAUGAAGUACGAUAUCCACGCUUUCUGUCCACAGAAGCCAUCUCUAUAAUGAGACGGCUGCUACGAAGAAAUCCAGAACGGCGUCUUGGAGCUGGAGAGAAAGAUGCUGAGGAUGUGAAAAAGCAUCACUUCUUCCGGUUAAUAGAUUGGAAUGCUUUACUGGCCAAGAAAGUGAAGCCCCCUUUUGUACCCACCAUUAGAGGACGAGAAGAUGUUAGUAAUUUCGAUGACGAAUUUACCUCUGAAGCACCUAUCCUCACUCCACCUCGGGAACCAAGGAUACUUUCUGAAGAAGAGCAGGAAAUGUUCAGAGAUUUUGAUUACAUUGCUGAUUGGUGUUAACUUCUAGACACUGUGAAAUCCUAGCUGACUGGCUCACAAGAAUGCCUCUCUCAGAAGAAUACCAACCCUUCAAUUGCUCUCUGUGCCACCUGUAGCUUUUUUUUUAAAUCACAUGAAGACCCUUUUAAGUACUGUUCUAACACUCUUGUGAAGAGUGGCCUCUUUGUAUAUUGUUUUUUAUCUGAGCACUGGAAAGCAGGUCUAUGGAGUUCUUAAGCUGAGUGGGUGAAUCCAGGCCCUAUUGAGCUUCCCACACAUGGGCACACUUGGAUCUGUACUUUCUCUCACUCUUCUGUGGCAGAUUACAUUGCUUUUUAAGUAUCUGCCUUAAGUGGGAAAAGCAGACUUUGAGCUAGGUAAUCACUUAACUCUACUCAGCCACAUGAAAUAGAAGUUUGGGAUACUGAUGACACUCGCACAGAACAUGGUUCUAUCUGGAGAAGGCAAACGAUUUCAGUUAAAUAUCUUGUGCAGUCUAUAAAACUACACAUUUCUAUGUACACUUUCCUCUUGUGUUCUUAAAAUAACGGUAUUGAGAACAGCUAUGCCUUGUUUUAUAAAUUUUCUAUGGUAUUUAUUAGGAAAAAUGUUAAAUGCCUUGCCUCUGAGAUAACAACAGUGUAAGUGCUUCCAUUAAAAAGAAAAAUUGAGGAAAAACCCAGGAAGUUUACCAAAGCCACUUGCCAAACAGUUCUGCCUUCAAGCUUUUUAAGCAUGGCUUAAAGCCCUGGUUGAAAUGAAGAAUGUAACAAGGAUGUUGCUCAGUCUAACUACAAAGAGCAAAGCAUAUGCAUUUCCCAAGCCCAUCCACUUCUAUAUUCAAACUUACGCCUUUUCCACUCCUGCAGUGGACAGAUAAGUUAACCAUUCUGUAUUUAACCACCUAGAUCAUCCUGUAUCUGCUGUACAAAUCAUAUCACCUUUAGAAAACAUAAGGAUUUUCAAUGUAUACAUGCUGUGAACAUGUAUAUUUGGAAGUUGUAAUGUAUUCUUAUGUCCAGGCAAGUAAUUUAAUUAUACCACUUCAUUAAUUUUGCACAGUGGCCAUGUGAACAACAUCGAACUCGAGUGAAAAAAAUAUUCGUAUACCUUUAGGCCACUGAACUCCAGAACGUAGAUUGGCAGUUACCAAGGGUAAAAGCAAUAUGUUGUAACAGAAUGUAUAAAUAUUUUUGAUAAAAACUGUAUAUUUUAUAAACUUCCUAACACUAAAGCUGUACCUCAAAAGUUGGAAAACAAUUUAGACCGGACACUGUGUGUACUUGGAAACCAAGAUCUGUUUUUGGCACCUGGUGUUCUGCAGGCAAAUAUGAGUUCUUAGAAAAUAAAUUUUUCCAUGCUGUCCUUAGCUCUCACACCAUUCAGAGUUUGUGUAUUCAAUCUCACAGGUGCAUCCUAGCCAGGAAUUUGCUGUUGGUCAGCUAAGACAGUGAGAAUCAGCACUCGAAUUCAAAAUCCCUAAUUCUAUUCAUUCAAAGGAAAAAUGGAAACCACUUGAGUGUGCAACACUAAGGUGGUUGUUUAAAAUCAUGAUGCUGGACAGACCUGCAGGGUCAGGCAGAAGAAUGGCUUAAGGAAAAAAGGGGUAGUGGUUCUAAAUCAGGCUUGCCCCACCCUAGGAAGCAGGAAGGCAUCUUCACCAGCUCUACAAAUCAUGUCAGGAAGAAGGCGUGAACUUUUCAGCAUUACUUCUUUCCAAAUUCUAAUAAAUAAGAAACAAGUUAUGUUCCUAUAUCAAGUGGAAACUAAAUGCUAAAUACUUUUGAGGUACAGUCAGCUUACCCCUUUUUGGUUCCCAAAUAUAUAUAUGAGCAUCUAACAGGGUGCUUAACACUUAUGAAAGUAUCCUGAAAAAUACCUUUUUGUAACUACAUCUUGUACAGAAAUCUUUUUUUUUAAAUCUAAGUAAAUCACUAAAAAAAAAUUAGAUGGCAGGGUAUGUUCACCCAGUUAAGCUGAAAGAAAGCACUAAUUUUAUCUCUGUAGUUUUUUAAAUAUUUUUAGGCAGAUUAAGAUUUUAAACCCUAGAUUGUAAAUAUAUUUUGCUAUACUUUAUCUGUAUGUGGCUGCUCAAGCACUUUGUAAGGAAACUAGGAUAUUUUAGAAUGGUACACUAUGCAUUAAAAUGAAAUGUGCCUUUAACAAUGUCAUUUUAAGUGUUUUGCAGUCAUUAAUAUCACAAAUUAAAGUUUUAAAUAGA